CUGGUUUGUUUCUCGCCUUUGGUGCGCGGCUGCUUGGAUUGAAUGUCUUUUUAUUAAAUAAUUUGUGUCCCGUCCUUCCUUGGAAUGCCUAGACCACAAUCUUGGUUCCAUUGGCUGUGUUUUGGGGGAAAGGCCUUCUUCCUCUAAGCCUAUGAUGUCACAGAUUCCUGUGAAAAAAAAGCGUCAACGGCAGUCUGAGCCAACCUUGCCGACUGACCUGGAAGAUUGUGUUUGUUUCCCAGAGGUGGUGCUCUGCCUAGUAGAGAAGAGGAUGGGUUCCAGCCGCAAGGCCUUCCUCACUACUCUGGCCCGCCGCAAGGGUUUCUGCGUAGAGGCUGCCAAUAGUGAGAGAGUGACUCAUGUGGUAUCAGAAGGCAACUCGGGAGAUGAAGUGGUUGAGUGGAUGAAGAGGAAUGGGAGCCGCUCUGUGGAUGCUGCAGGAAGUGGCCCAGCUCUGCUAGAUCUCAGCUGGUUCACAGAGAGCAUGAGUACUGGACGGCCUGUGGAAAUUGAACCCAGACACUGUCUGGGGGUGUCUGUCCAAGCAGAAAGCCUUGAGGACAGAUGCCAGGUGUCUCCUUAUGCCUGCCAGCGCCGAACUCCACUUGCCCACAAGAAUCAGGUCCUCACGGAAGCUCUGGAAACAAUGGCAGAGGAGGCACGCUUCUGUGGCAGUGAAGGACGCAGCCUGGCCUUUUCUAGGGCUGCCUCGGUGCUCAAGUCCUUACCUUGGACUGUCAGAGGGGUUAAAGAGCUACAUUUCCUUCCUUGCAUUGGGGAGCACUCCAGGAAAAUCAUCCAGGAGGUGCUGGAAGAUGGCACAUCUACAGAGGUGGAGAAUGUAAGGCAGUCUGAGAGAUACCAGACUAUGAAGCAUUUCAUGAAGAUCUUUGGCGUUGGAGUGAAAACAGCUAGCCAGUGGUAUCAGGAAGGGCUAAGGACCAUUAAUGACCUGCAGGCGCACCAUGCAAAACUGGGCAAGGCACAGCAAGCUGGACUCCUGCAUUAUAGGGACCUCAACAGCCCGGUGAAGCGCUCUGAAGCAGAAGCCAUUGUUCAGGUGGUGCAAAAAGCAGUGGACCAGUUCCUGCCUGGAGCAUCUGUGACUCUGACUGGUGGAUUUAGAAGGGGAAAACCAAGUGGGCACGAUGUGGACUUGCUCAUCACACACCCUGUGGAAGGCCAAGAGGUGGGGCUGUUGAGUAAAGUCAUCAGCUGGCUGGAUAGUCAGGACUUCUUGCUGUACCACAGCACCCACAGAAACGCUUCCCAGGCCCUCGAGGACCAAGAGUUGUCAGUCAGCAUGACAGCUAUGGACCGGUUGGACCAUUGUUUCUCUAUUUUCUGCCUCAACUACCCGCAUGGGAGCAUUAAAGGAGGCUCCAGGGCUUGGGAGCCUGGCUAUGAACUGAAAGACCCUGGAGAUGCCACUCUUUGGAAAGCUGUGCGGGUUGACUUGGUUGUGGCCCCCUACAGUCAGUUUCCAUUUGCUUUGCUGGGCUGGACUGGCUCAAGAAAUUUUGAGCGAGAUCUCAGGCGUUUCUCCAAGCAUGAGAAAAAAAUGGUGCUCAACAGCCACACUCUUUACCACACAGAGAAGAAAAUAUUUUUGUCAGCUGCCUCAGAGGAAGAAAUAUUUCAGCAUUUAGGCUUGGAGUUUAUGCCCCCAGAAGAGAGAAAUGCUUGACCUCAGUUGCAUAAGGAACUGUCUUGGACCUAGUGAACUCCCUUGAUCUCUGAAGAAGCAGGCAGGCAUGUCUCAGUCGUACUCUUUCCCACAUCCACCCACCUUCCUGGAAUGAUCUGGAGCCACCUGUUCUUACAUCUGCAUAAAGGGCUUGUUACCUUUCUCCACUGAGUCAGAAAAAGGCAUGUUUGAACAUGGCUAUUUGUUUUUAUGUGUGGAGGGGGAAGGUGCCCAAGGGACAUAAUCCUCUAUCACGCUGAUGGGUAUUUCAGGAAACACACAAUCAACUUUUUCCCUAUAUUUCACCCUUGUUUCUGCCUGAGUUUUUUCUUUACUCUAGGGAAAUCCUAUGCUAGCUACUUCUGCAACACAGUUUUUAAAAUUACAUCGGCCAUUUCUGGAGUGGGGGAGGUGAGGUUGCAGAACUUCUGAUGCAAAAAUAGCUACUGCAAUGAUGAAUGGGACUCUUGUCAUUAGAGAAUGAUGGGGAAAUGAUUAUUUUGGCCAGCAAAAGGGUCUAGGUCUGGAUCUCCUGCCUGAAGCUACUGCGCAUCUUUGGACCAAAACCCUGGUGGCAGCAUUUAGACCCACAAUUCUAUAGGCUUAUCAGUUUACCCCAACAUCAUUUCAGCCUUGAAACUAUCAGUCUACUUUGGCCGACAUGUCAUCCAAACAGAAGGGCCAUCUAUCAGCCCAUGGAAUCCACAGGGCAUGAGCAGAGAAUGCUAUAGAAGGUUGGAGGCAAAGCAAAGUCGGCAGUCAGCAAAACUGCAUGUGCUCUCUUGAAUGGUAGCCUUGUAUGUUGUGGAGGGGGAUGUUGUUUUUUGUAUGUUGUCUUCUCCUGGAUAUGUGAAUGCACAUUUAUGGGGGAAAGUAAAGUACUGCAUUGAAAGUCCCUGUUUUCCCCUCCUGCAGGUAGGCUGUUCCAGGCAUAGGAGGAGACCAUACGUUCCUGAUGCUCCUCCCCCACCACCAUGCCCAAGUACAGCAGCUGGGUCAAAGCAGAUACAGUUCUUUGCCCCAGUCUUCUCUCCAGCUGCAGCUGUGUCAACAGAGUAGGCAGCAGAGAGAGGAACCAUAGAAGUGUAGGAGGAUUCUUCCUGAGAGUUGCAUCUCCCUCCGAGCUGAAGUCCCCUUAUGUCCAUUCCCACUAUAGUUUGCCCAAUACAAUGCACUGUUGCGUGACUGAAUGCCUCAAUGGCAUAGUCAUUGCUGUGAGUGAAGCUGCCAUCCCCCCCACCACAACCCUCCGCUGGGGCAUCUGCCCAGUCAGAUCCAAUAAGUGUUUGCCACUCUCCUUCUGCACAGGCUGCAAGGGGGGUCUUGAAUAUUUCAUAGUGGCAGCUGCUGUGACCUGUGCCCAGGCCUCUUUGACAUAACCCACCCCCUUCUUCCAAAUAGAUUAUUUAUGGCAGUGCAUGCUCAACAUAAUGGGAUGGAGCCAAAAGGCUUUUGACUGCUUCCUUGCCAUGAUGGAUACAGAGGUAUUUUGAACAGUGAGGAGGAAGGGGAAAUUGGGAAGCAAGUUCUCCACUUGGUCAGCCAGAGUUCAGGUUCUUCCUUGAAGCAGAAGGGUACCUCUUGUGUCUGUUUGGAGGGGACAGGAAACCUGCUUGAUAGUGGUUUGAGGGGUUUUAGUCCCAGUGGGUAACUGGAACUGGCAGGGAGAAAAAAUGUUCAGUCUUUCAGUUAUUUAAGAUAAUGGUUGUGAUAGAUGAUCUCUGCUCAUCCUGUCUGAAGUCUGCUUUGGUCUAUGCUGCUCCCAAAGACUUUUGUCUAUACAGGCAUUUUUGGCAGACGUGACAACAUUGGCAGUCUGUUGUGCAUGUUUUCAACUUGCUUGGUGUCCUGUGCAACAAAAGUUCACCAGCCCCAGUCUUGUUACCCUGGUGUUAACUGCUGGAAGCAGUAAACAAUGCCAUGCAAGCCAAUAGAAGAGAGAAUUCAUUAUUAAUCUGAAUCAUUUCUAUCUUUGUACAUUUGGCUAAAAGCUCACAGGGCUUAAUCACCACUUAAUCAAAAUGAUAAGGACUAAGUACUUAAAAGGAUCACCAUCUCCUCUAUGUUCCUGUUUUUGGUGGCUGAGAUCUUCUGAACAGGCCCUUCUCUGCAUGUGGCCCCAUCGGCUGAAGUAAGGCUACAGAGGCUUUUUAAAGGUGGCACCCUACUCAUGGAAUUAAGUUCCCAGCCUGGAACUCAGACCAUGUCUAUUGACAAUCUGUGUGUCUACUUGGUAGACUUUGUACAUGACCAGCCCUAGGGGUCAGAUCACCUGCCCUUCUAGAUGGGGCACAGGGCAUCAGAUGUGGGGGAAUUCUCCCACACAUUUUACUUGCACAGUAAUCCUGUGGGGUGGGGGAAGGAUGCCCAACAUGACACGGAGAGGGUUACUUCCCUACUGAAAUAUUCUAACCACUGCUUAGUGUGGCUGUGUGUCAUUCCACUCUGGGUACAGGCCCCUUAAAGCGUCUGUGGCUGGUGCUUAGACAUAGGGGCCAUUAGACAUAGGAUAUUUGCAUUCUCUUCUCUGCUUUGUCUGGGGUCCUAUAAGGCCCAAAUGAUGCUAGAAUUAAAUGCUGGUAGAUGCAAAAGGAACGCACGCAUCUUUUGAACAACUGCUUUGUCUUUUUACAACUUGAAUCAUACCAUCAAAGCUUUUCUCUGUAAUCUGCUUUUGGCAUUUAUUAACUUCCUGCUUCUUUGUCCUGCCAGAUGGGAGACACGGUUAGGUAAACAUCAGUUUAACAAUGCACCAUUGAAUUUGUUAACUACUUCAUUUUGUUAUGAUCUGAGGAAUGAUUUGGUGUAACUUUUUUAAAAAUUGCAUGAAAUCCAAACAG